AUGCCGGCGCUCCCACGCGUCGACGACGAAACGCUCGAGGAGGAGGCCGACGAGGAGGUUAUCGACGUGGCGUGCGUGGCUUGCGGCACGACUGACGCCAAAGCCUUCUCGCACCGGAUGAUCAAGCGGCGCGGCCGGCACGGUGACAGAACGCGGCGGUGCCUAGCGUGCGUGGCGUCGGGCGCCGGCCUCGCGACCGACCAGUCGGCGAGCGGAGUCGCCUUCGCCGCUCCUGAUGCGGCGGAGUGCGGGAGUUGCGGCGGCACGCAGGACAAGCAGCGGCGGAAGCUGCUGAAAGCCCUGCGGCAGAUUGGAGAGCUCAAGGAGCGGCGCGACGCGGGCGUGCCGCUCGAGAAUACCCAGCUCGCAAAGAUUGGCAGGGAGGCCGAGCUGCGGUCCGAGCUCGAGCGGCUGGAGGCCGGGGAGGCGACCGGGCAGGCGCGGGCGGCCAGCUCGGCGUUGACCGCUGCGCCGCGCAAGCGGCCGGCCGAAGACGAGGCCGUCGCGCCGCACGGGCUGCAGACCCGCCACGAGAUCCGCGUGGCCAAGGCGCAGCGCAAGCUGCAGCGGAGGCAGAGGGGCGGGUUCGGCAAGCACUUGGAGAGCGUGGGGCCAGAGGGGCACGCGACGCCGAUGGGCGAUGGUCCGGGUGGGGACAGUUGAACAGACGACAGUGUAGGACUGACUUCUCAGUUAGCCGUUUAGGCUUUAGCACAAAUAAACGGC